AUGGCUAAUGCAGCGGGCCCUGAUCGUGCCUGGAUGCUUCAUGCGGUCUCCUGGCCACUCUUUGGAAUUUCGGCUAUCGUCACUGCGCUUCGACUUUGGGUCCGGCUGCAUAUCAUCCACUCCUACGGCUGGGAUGAUGCGUUGAUUCUUGUGGCAAUGUCUUGCGCCACUGUCAAUACUGCGUUGGUUGCAGUCAGUAUCCUGCAUGGCACCGGGCGUCAUAUGGACGAGUUGACCAAGUCUCAACAAAUUCUUUCCGGCAAAUUUCAGUUACUUUCGCAAGGAUUCCAUGUUAUGUCUACAAAUUGGGGGAAGGUAUCAGUAGCUUUGUUUCUUGUUCGCAUCAUUUCAGGUGUCAAGCAGCAUAAGCAAGUCAUGUAUGCUGGGAUGAUUCUUCUGACCAUUAUCAAUGGUUUGGGAGUUUAUACUAUUUACGGGCAGUGCACACCAACCGCAAAGAUCUGGAAUAGCAACCUGGAAGGUUCCUGCUGGCCCUCUGACAUGCAGAGAGAUUAUGCGUUUUUUCAAGGCUCAGUGUCAGCAUUCACCGAUUUGGUGCUAGCUGUUUAUCCACUUUUCACAAUCUCGAGACUGCAGAUGGCAACCAAAGUAAAAGUUGGGCUGGGAUUUGUGCUUUCACUGGGAAUCAUCGCGAUGGGUGCUGCUAUCAUCAAAACCGUUCACCUGGCGGCCCUGUCGUCCCGAACUGAUUACACCUGGGAUAUGAUUGAGCUUACCAUCUGGGUGACCGUGGAGCAAUACUUUAUUAUCCUAGCCGCCUCAAUUCCUGCCCUGACACCACUGUUUAAUAUUGCGGUGCGCUAUCGGUCUACCAAGCGUACGAGUACCCGAAAUACCAAGAGGAUAGGUGUUGGAUAUAGUCGCCAGUUGAGCCGCCCUCAGCCAUAUUCCCAUUUUGCAAGCGUGGGACGGGAAUACGUCGAAUAUCCGGUGAGCUGGGCUCGUUCGGAAAGGCGUCACCAGGGCAGUAGAAGUGAUAGUGAGAUUCCCAUCAUCAUUGCAGAGGAGCAAAAGCAUGGAAUCCUUAGAACCACAGAAUUUCAGCUCCAGAGGCUCCCGCGGGACGAAGAAGCCGGAUAAUUAACGUCUAUCUUUAGUAAUUGCAUUUUCAAUUGAUUCUAGUACUUGCAUUUGCAUUCUGCCUAUCCAGUACUAUGGCGAUAGACUCCGGGCCUACGUACCGGAAUUCCUU